UUUAUCAAUGUCUACUUCUAAACCUGGCGAGUACAAACAGCCGGAGGAUGUCAGCUACAAGCUCUAUAAGAGCUCUAAUCUGACAGAUGAAAGCUCAGAUAAAAAGGAGUACAUCUUGUACCCGUACAGAUGGAUAAUCUGAAUCUUUUUCUCAAUCCAACAAAUCGGAUUAGGAAUGAUGAUGGUUGGAUUCUCUCCAAUAACCGCCUUUAUGGCAAAGGUAUAUGAUGUUAACUCUAUUUGGACCACAAUGAUUGUGCUAUGCUACUCCAUUAUUUUCGUACCAGUGAAUGUCCCAGCGAAUGCAUUGAUCAAAGCCAAAGGAAUUGCCUAUCCAAUCAGAAUAGCAAGUGUUGUAUUUAUCGCAGGAGCCUGGAUAAGAAUGCUAGUGAAAGUCGACUUUUUCUUUAUUCUAAUCGGACAGUGAAUAAAUGCACUUGGGAUGCCAUUUGUUCAAGCUCUUGGAGCCACAAUAGCGAGUACUUGGUUUGGAGAAAAAGAAAGAGCAUUGAUUACUACUAUUACUAGUCUUGCUUCUGUACUAGGAUUGAUCAUAGGAUUUGCUCUUCCAGCUAUUUUUGUAGACGAUGAAGAAACAAAUUUUGAAAAAGCCAAAGACCAAAUCUACCAAUUCAUCUGGGUUCAAUCUAUAGCUGUUACUGUGUGAUCCAUUCCAUGCUUCUUUACUGUGAGGAAGGAACCAAAUACUCCUCCGAGUAGGUCUGCUGAGCAAAUGAGAGACCCUAAUAAAAAUGCGCAAGAAGAGAACAAAUUUUGGAAGGAUAUGGGAAAGAUGCUAUCUUCUCUAAAUUUUUGGCUGCUAAACAUCGUUUUCUCUUUUAUUUAUUCCAUCUACAAUACUUUGGGAGCAGCUGUAAGCGUGAUCACAGAAAAGUUUGGGUAUUCAUCCACAGAUAACAGUAUCUUUGGAGUCGUAUUUAUCGUCUCAGGAAUUUCAGGAUCUAUCCUCCAUGGCAUCCUCCUCGAUAAAUAUGGAAAGUAUAAGCUGCAAUAUAUCCUUAUUUGAGCACUUUCGAUAGGUUCAAUAGGAUUAAUAACUGGAAUCAUCGAUAUUGGAGAGGUAUGGCUCACUUCAAUAGGAUUAUUCUUUGUAGGAUUAGGCUUAAUACCAAUUAUUGGAGUUGCUAACUCAUUUUGUGCAGAAAUAAUCCAUCCAAUUAAUGAAGCAGUUGGAUGAGGUUUUAUAUUAUCUUGAGGAUCUCUUUUAACCAUUCCUUAUACUUUAUUGGUCAACUAUAUGGUAGAAAAUCAUAGCAAAUGGUGGUCUUUUGUCUUGUUUGGAGCUGGAGCUGUCAUUGCAUUUAUUGCUUCUGUACUAGUAAAAGAAGAUCUGAAGAAAUCUAAGCUUGAUUUAAAUAAAGAUGAAGAGCAAACUUCUAAACUACUUGAAGAUAAUGAUUCAUAAACUCAAAUAAACCAUUCUUUGGAUAAUGUAAGGUUUUGGAAACAAAGAAACAUCCAUAGGUAUUCUCAAAAUUACACAUCUGAUAACCAAAUAUUCUGCAAAUAUUCAUAUGAAAUAU